AUGACAAAUCUUACGAAACUUGAAUUUGUGGCUCUUGAUAUUACGGGCAAGAAUUAUUUGUCAUGGAUUCUUGAUGCUGAAAUUCACUUAGAUGCUAUGGGUCUUGGUGACAUAAUCAAAGAAGGAAAUGAAUCAUCCAAUCAAGAUAAGGCUAAAGCCAUGAUUUUCCUUCGACAUCAUCUCCACGAAGGAUUGAAAACUAAAUACCUUAUAGUAAAAGAUCCACUUACUCUUUGGGAAAAUUUGAAGGAAAGGUAUGACCACCAGAAAACUGUGAUUCUUCUUAGAGCUCGUUAUGAUUGGAUGCAUUUGCAUUUACAAGAUUUUAAAUCAGUAAUUGAAUAUAACUCUGCAGUAUUCAGAAUUAGUUCUCAAUUGAAAUUGUGCGGAGAAAAUAUUGCUAAUGAAGAUAUGUUAGAGAAAACAUUCUCUACUUUUCAUGCAUCAAACGUGCUCUUGCAGCAGCAAUAUAGAGAAAAGGAUUUUCAAAAAUAUUCUGAACUAAUUUUAUGUCUUCUUGUGGUGAACGAGUUAUUAAUGAAAAAUCACGAAGCUUGUCCAAUAGGUUCUCCUCCAUUCCCUGAAGUGAAUGUGACAAUAUCUAAUAAUCAUAGGCAUAGGCGAGGUCAAAGUUUAUCGUUGAAAGAAAAAGAGACAAAUAUCAUGAAAGCAAAUUUUGCUUACCAAAAUGAAAAUAGAGAAGCAAAUUUUGCUUAUCAAGAUGAUAAUUUUGAUCAUGGACCUGUUGAUAUAACACAUCUAGAUGUUGCAGAUUUCUUCGAAAAUCCUGAAGGGAGAAUCGAUCAUUUAAUUGGGGAUGGAAAUGUCCAAAAUUAUUAA